AUGAUACGGUUCCUGCAUCGUGAAUCCUGGGCCGCCGGCAAUUUCCGCCAAAAGGAAUCCGUUGUUACUGGAAAGAUGUUCUCCUACGCGUGCAUAUCAGAGUUGGUUGAUCUGAGAUUCCUAUUCCCAUGUAUCAUUUUGUCAAACAUAGCAGGCGUGAAUUCUGGCAGUUAUAUUCACGAAUGUUCGUCUCACUAUGACGCCGGAUUUGUCUGCGACAAUCAUUUCCUCUGUUUCAAAGACGCCGUAGUUGCCACAAAGCCUCAGAGAUCCCUUGUGUGGCUAUCUGGAAUGUUUUUGGCGUUCGGCUUAGCCGUGCAUCCGGCAAGCCGCAAAGUGGGUUAA